CUAGGCUUCACCAGAAUUAAGACUCCCGGAAGUUGCGAGACGGCGGCCGGAAGUCGUUGCUAUGGUUACAGACGAGGCCCUCUAGGGCUUCCGUAGCUGGAGGUGCGCCGGAACGCAUAGCAUGAGAGCGUGAGACCCGAAUGACCAUGGCACAGCUGGGUGUGGUGGUUGGAGUGGUGUCCGUCCUUGUUGCCUUGAUAUUACAUUCAUCUAUCCAUAAAGUGGAAGAAGGUCACCUGGCUGUAUAUUACAGGGGAGGAGCUCUGCUAAGUAGCCCCAGUGGACCUGGUUUUCACAUCAUGUUCCCUUUCAUCACAUCUUUUCGAUCGGUGCAGACGACUUUACAAACUGAUGAAGUGAAGAAUGUACCCUGUGGUACCAGUGGGGGCGUAAUGAUAUAUUUUGACCGAAUUGAAGUUGUCAACAUGUUGACCCAAUCUGCAGUAUAUGAUGUUGUAAGGAAUUAUACAGCAGAUUAUGACAAGACUUUAAUCUUCAACAAGAUCCACCAUGAAUUGAACCAGUUCUGCAGUGCACACACCUUGCAGGAAGUAUACAUUGAACUGUUUGAUCAGAUAGAUGAGAACCUGAAACUGUCCCUUCAGAAAGAGCUCAAUGUCAUGGCUCCUGGACUCACAAUACAGGCAAUGCGUGUUACAAAACCAAAAAUUCCAGAAACUAUUCGAAGAAACUUUGAAUUAAUGGAGGCUGAAAAGACCAAGCUCUUGAUCGCUGCCCAGAGGCAAAAGGUAGUAGAAAAAGAAGCAGAGACAGAGAGAAAAAAAGCAGUAAUAGAGGCAGAAAAAGUUGCACAAGUUUCCAAAAUCCAUUUCCAACAGAAAGUAAUGGAGAAAGAAACUGAGAAGAGAAUUUCAGAGAUUGAAGACUCUGCCUAUCUUGCCAAAGAGAAAGCAAAAGCUGAUGCGGAAUAUUAUACUGCUUACAAGCUUUCAGAGUCUAAUAAGCUGAAGCUAACACCAGAGUAUCUUGAACUCAUGAAAUAUAAAGCUAUAUCUGCAAACAACAAAAUCUAUUUUGGAAGUAAUAUUCCAAGUAUGUUUUUGGAUUCCUCAUCUACAGAAGUGCCACUUUUACAGCCAUUUGCAGGCCUAACUGAUGGUCAAAGUAAAUCUCAUAAGAGUAAAGGCAAGAAACUAUGAAAGUCUGGAAAAGGAAUAUUCAUUACAACCUUGUGGACCUGAAGCAGAAACUAUGGGGUUGUAUCUCAUAACAAGCACAAGAGAUCUUGGGAGAGCAACCAUAAAGCAUUGACUACCACUCAGUAUGCCCCCUUACCAUUUGAAGAUGUUUCCUUCUGCCAGUUUGAUUUGAGCUUCCAGUAUAUGUUUUUUUUCCCCAGUUAAGAGACAGGAACUUUGGCAUAUUUGAUUGUGGUUUAAGGAGGCAGCAUGUUGGAACCCGUUGACCUGUUCAGCUUUCAGGAACAGCUGCUCUAUAUGGAGACACUGGUUCCUGGUCGUACACACAUUACAUCUUUUGGCAUGUGUCUUUGGCAAGCCAGAGAAUUUGAAAGGCUCCUUCCUGUUACCAUGCAUAGGGAAAAGUCUGUACCUUUUAGUUAAAAUCCCAGAAUAAGGUGCGUUUAUAGUUGAUGAAGAUUACUUUGUUGCACUACAUGACUGUCAUCUCUUCAGAGAUCAUAGGACUAUACUUCUGAACCAUGCGGGUGACGCAACCCUAGGUCUUAACUAAUGACUUCUUUAUGCGAUGCUUGCCAGAAAGAUUACAUAAACUGACUUUUCUAACAGGAAGAAACUGGCCUAACAUUUUUAUGCAGAACAUUAUCAAAGUUUUACGGCGUCAACUGUUUUACAGCUGCUUUUCUAAAUAGAAAGUUUCUUAUUUGUUCUCUUUAUUUAAAAAAAAAAUAUUCCUGUCCUGUCUUCUAUAAGCAGCCUCAUCUGUCCUAUCUGUAUGCUUAAAUGGAAGGGUCUACCUUUGCAACCAUUUUUUAAAAAUUGUUCUUAUGAAAGAUGAAGCAGUGUUGCAAAUAGUCUUUAAAAGUAUGCUGUUCUAUUGUAUCUACAGUUCCUAUAGAGACUGAAUUGUCUCCAUGGUAACAGACUACAAACUCUGUAUAUUUUUGAUCCUGCCUUUAUACUCCUAUAAGUUCUCUACUUCUUGCGAUCAUACAUUUGAUAGAUUAGGAAGAAGUAGAAGACCUAUAGAAGAGACUAGAUACACAGCGAUAGAAUACUUUUAAAUAAGUGUAUUCGCAAAGUUUCCUCUACUUUAGUUGCAUUGCUACAAUACAUAAAAAAUGGUUGCAGAGGUCCACAUAGCCUUUAACACAUCUGCUGGUGCUUUUCCCUCAGGGUAUGUACACACAUGGUAUUUUUUGGUAAAAACAAGAGUAAUGGCAAAACACCAAGGGAAAUACAGCAUGUGAACAUACCCUUAUAUAAUCACCUUCUAUCUUACUAAAAGUUUACUUUUGAUGUUAUCUUUUUGCGUUUGGUUAUUAUUCUAAUAUUACAGUUCAGUUACACAAGGCGAUAGGCAUAGUGUUAUACAUACUACCAAGUUCAUGAUAACUUUAAAGGGUAUUCUGCGGAAAGCAGAGUAAACAGCUGGGGAACUGGUAGCAGUCUGAUCAGGACAUGUGAGCAAGCAGUCCUUUUUAAUUGG